CACAGCCCAUCUUCACAAUCAAAGCCCAUUAGGACUACCCAAAAAGAGUAACCUAGAUUUAAUUUGCGUAGUUUUCUAAUAUUUUCGUAAUACUAGCGUAAUUCUAGGUUUUAGCUUUGAAUUUUCCGAUCCGUGCGAUUUUUCUCCCAAAUCUGAUUUUCUUGGCCUUUUUGUUUCCAAUUGGCUUCAUUCUUCAUUUCGCCUCUAUUAAUAGAAUCAGGAAUUGUAAUUCUAUAAGGAGGCUUUUUGAUACCUAGGGUUCGCUGUUCGUCGUUGCUCUAUCUUCAGGCUCACUGUAAAUUGGUUUAUAUUUUUGAUGGCUUUGGUUGUUAUUUGUGGUCAGCCUUGUAGUGGGAAGUCAACAGCCGCAGCCUGCCUGGCUGAAGCCCUUCAAGAUGCAGAACCGAAGCCAUCAGUUCGGAUCGUUGAUGAAUCUUUGUUUCACCUCACACGGAACGAGGGCUAUGCUAACAUGCCAUCAGAAAAGAAUUUAAGAGGAGUUUUGAGAUCUGAAGUUGAUAGAUCUCUGACCAGAGACAAUAUUAUUAUAGUGGAUUCUUUAAACAGCAUAAAGGGGUACAGAUACGAGCUAUGGUGUCUGGCUCGUGCAGCUGGUACAAGAUACUGUGUCGUGCACUGUGAUACUGAAGAGACAUACUGUCGGAAAUGGAAUGAAGAACGAAGGGAUAAAUCAGAGGCGACUUAUGAUGAUAAAAUAUUUGAAGAUCUGGUUAGAAGAUUUGAGAGGCCAGAUAGCAGAAACCGUUGGGAUUCACCAUUGUUUGAGCUAUGGCCCUCCAGAGAUGGGAUUGAAAAAUCGUCCGCUGCCAUAGUCGAUGCUGUGAGAUACCUGACAAAAAGAGUAGACUCAAAAACCAAGGAUGUUAAAGUAUUGCAGCCUACUAUUGCAACACAGGGUGCACGACUAACAGAGGCGAAUUCUCUCUACGAGUUGGAUAGAGCAACACUUGAGGUAAUGAACAUGAUCGUGGAAGCACAGUCCCAUGCAGCCGGAGGUCCCCUCAAUGGCGUGACUCUUGGGCCGGGCUUACCUAGUGUUGAUAUUUCAAGGCAUGUUGGCCUCCCCGAGCUGCGUAGGCUCAGGCGAACUUUCAUAAAAUUAACAGGGCAGUCGAGCUUGAGUGGUCCGCCACCACCCUCAGAUGCUGAUAGUGCAAAGAGAAUGUUUGUGGAUUACUUGAACAGGGAAUUAGAAAGCAAUUAGUGCCAGAGAAAAAUCUUCUCGACGUUCUGCAAAUGCACGGCAGUGUCCAUGCCGUAGAGUUUUGCAUUAUCCCUGGAAGCAAUGCUGGAGACAAGACCUUGGAGCAACCGGGCCAUGAUUUUGGGAUAAGGUGAUUUAGCACUGUACCAUUAAAUUAAGCUUAUUUUUCGAAGAUAUUGUGCUGUUUGUUUCGUGUUGUAUGGUUAAUGGUCAAAGCAUAUAUACAUAUUAUAACUUACUUUCCUUA